GGUGGUACGUCAACACACUUAUAAUAGAUAAAUUCUUCCGGUAGGUUCCUUUACAAUGUACGUUCUCCAAAUCAUAUUUCUCAUCAAUAUUUUGGAAACUGGUCUAUGCUUAGAAUGUUACAGAUGUUACUACGCCUCAGAUCCUUCUCUGUGUCGACAUCAUGUGACUUGUAAAGAUGGAGAGUCUUGUGGCCAACUGAAAUUUGAUGACUAUUUGGGGUCACACUACGACCUUGAUUGCAUAGAAACAUCUAAAUGUCACGUUAACCAACAAACCGAUCAGCCCGUUUUUAUCAUUGGGAAGAAACGGAGAGAGAUAACAGACACUCAAUGCUGUGACACUGACAAAUGUUAUGUGGAUUCCAUCGGCCCAGUGCAAAGUUCGACAACAAUUAUGACUUCAACAUACUCAAGUCCAUCAGUUUCUGAGAUUGCAACAACUGCAUCGCCCGACUCAUGUGUUGAUCAUCCAAACUGCGAUAUUCUCAUGGAAGAGUUCGAUGCUUGCAAUGACACUGAAGUCGCCAUGACAGUUUGCCGGAAGUCGUGUCAUAUGUGUGACGUCACAACCACGGCUCCUCUAUGCAUUGAUAUUCACCAAGACUGUCAGCUAUUGUCAGAUCACUUGAACGUUUGUAGGGACGAAGCGUUUGCAAGGACGAGGUGUCCCAAGACUUGUGGUGUAUGCGGCACAACACAUACACAGUCCAUCAGCAACAUAGAUCUUACUUCUACACAGCCUAUAGAGUUAACAUCUAGUAUUUUCAACCAAACAGAAACGAAUGAACAAACAUCGACAGUGAUGCCAUCAGUUACAAAUUCAAUCACCUUUCCAAUGACGUCAUCUGCAUCAAUCAAAACGACUACUGAUACAGUGACGUCAUCAGCUUCAAUAAUAUCUACCACUGCAACCAUCCCUGCAACAACCACAGUCACAAGCAUAGCUACUCCUUGCACCGACACCCUUUCUGUUGAAUCUUGUCGUGAUGCGCUGAAUAAAGAUCCAGCGAGUUGUUCCGAUGUAUUUAUACGCAAGAUGUGUGCUUUCUCCUGUCAAUUAUGUAGUACCCAGGCGCAAGAAUCCACAUCCUACUCCACAUCCUACUCCACAUCCUACUCCACGCCAAUAAGAACGUCACACACUAAUCCUACAAAACCCUCCACUACAACGACACAAACAACAACAACACCGACAACAACAACGACAACAACACCAACUACCGCCCUGAGUCCCACAACUCCUCCUAAAACUCAACCUCCAAACAAUCAGAUGGGAGUGGUUGUUGUUGGAAAAUGAAUCAGUCUUCAUCAACUUGAGCAUUUAUAAUUAUUAACUAAGUUUGUUCAUUAAAUCAUUCUAAAAAGUU